UACUUCAUUGUACACCCCUAUUGUUUAUUUCGGGUAAAUAUGCAUAAUGCAUAAUCAUCAUGCAGCUGGGCAGCCUCGUCCACGUCACCUGACCAUUACCCCCCCAAGGCUGAAUUGAAAUCCAAGGCUGAAUAGAAAGCUAUAUAAUUCAGCUUCUUGUUUCUAUCUUCUCAGUUCAUAAUCUUAUUAUCGACAUCAAUACGUCCAUUCCCCAGUCAAAAUGCGUAUCCUCAACUCAACUCUUCUGUUGCUUGGUAUAUUCUCUUCUGCGAGUGCCGGGCCAUUGCUCGACAACCUUCAGCAAUCAGCUUCGAGUCUGGCGUGGUCCGGUGGUCGCUCAAAAGGCGGAAGAAUUCUAGUUCGUCAAAAGGUAGCCAAGUGGAGUUAUUCCAACCCAGCUCUGGCAACUUGUGUCGUCACAGGUGGUGUAUUCAUUGCUGCUCCGGGAGUCGUGUCAGCCCCGCUUCUUACCGCCGCAGGGUUCAUGGGGUCUGGAGUGCAGGCCGGUUCCGCGGGUGCCGCUGUCCAUGCGACAAUUGGAAACGUUGCUGCCGAUAGUUAUUUUGCUAUCCUACAAAGUGCCGGUGCUGGGGGCGUCGCAGCUCUCGGAGCUGUGAAUGGAGCGAUACAGGCUUCUGGUGCAGCAAUAGCUGCUUCUAGUGGAGGAUUAUAUCUCAAGUCAAAAUUAUGAUGACAGCAUGGAUUAUUUGUAUUGUUUGAUGGCAGGCGAAUUGAGAGCUCGCAGCACUACUACAUCUGUAAUGAUUGCUUUUCUGAACUCGUGGCCAAUUUUUAGAGUGUUCAGUCUCGCUACCAAGUAGAGUUGCCAGCCUCAUGGUGGCAAUCGACCUAGACAGUCAGGGGCCCUCGACUAGGUC